AUGAAGAGGCGAAAGGCCUCCGCCAAGAUGACCAACGUGGUGCAUAGUGGUUGGAUGACCAAGUCGCCACCGGAGAGAAAACUCAACUCUGCCUUCAAGAUUUUUCGCUCUCAAUGGAAAAAGCGCUACUUUGUACUGCGCAAACCCUCCGGUAGUCUUCCCGACCAGUAUGAACUGCAUUAUUACAAAGAUCAGAAGUGCAACACUAAAAAGGGCUCUAUUGACCUGGAACAGUGUGAGCAGAUCAUUGAAGCUCUAGACUCUGAUGUUUUUCCGUACCUGCUUGCCAUCAAGACUUAUUAUAAAAACAAGGUCCGCACAUAUUACUUGGCAGCUGAUACUGAACAAGAGAUGAAUACGUGGGUUCAAUGGCUGUGUCACGUGUGUGGGCUCAAGCCUGAGGAUCAGCCGACAGACAUACCUGACCCGAAACCUUCGCAGGCUGCUGGAGUUGUCAGGCAGACAAGUGUCCCUGCUACUGGUCUGGUUGUGGCCAAUGGAAGACCAGCAAGUCCACAGAGGCCAGCGUCACCUGGUGCCACAGCCACGAUAACUUCAUCACCUUUGUCUGUGUCGCCUCAAGCAGCGGGAGGAUUUCAAUCAGCGAGUCCUCAGGCUGUGGUUCGAACACUGUCCGACUCCAGCCUGUGUUACAUACCCUUAGAGAAUUGCACAACUGGACAACCGGUUCCUGUUGAUAGAAGAGAGAGUGUUGAAAGUGUGCCAGAUUUUGAAGCUCCCGCCCCUCCCCAGAAGCUUCACAGCCAGAGCAAUGGGACACACAAUUUAGAAGAUGAAGUGUUUUCACUUAGUCUAUACGACCAUCCUCCAGCACCACGAUUGUCAGAAGCUUCAAGCCGCAAAGACUCUUCUGACCUGUACAAAGUGCCCCCAGUUCGGCCUGUUCGAGGAAGGACACUUGAAACGGACGAGACUGGAAGAGACUUAUCCUAUGAUAUACCACCACCACCUCGUGGCCACAGCCCUCACUCCAGCCUCAGUGCUCACAACGACUCGUGGGCUUCAUCGGGUGGCGGGGAUCGAUCACCAACCCCAACCGAGUGUUAUGAUCAUCCUCCUCCACGACGUGAUCCGAUAGUGUCAUCUGAUGGUGAAACUCCUCCAGCUCGGCCACCUAAACCAGGGCAUCUUCAGUCCCCAUACCAGAACUUACCGCCAGCUGGAAAUAUCUCGACGGAGCCAAAUUUAAUGAAUACAGUCCUAGCACCCCCAAAACAUCAUACAGUUCGUCAGACCCCAGGAUAUGAUGUCCCGAGGUCAUCUACCCAUCAUUUGUCGCGAGCUCUUCAGUCAGGACACUCACAUAUAGUGGUGGUGCCUCCGCGACCCAGCCGCUACACCCCCACAAAUCCCUCCACACACACUUACCUGAACACUCAGAAUAAAGCUGGAUCUAAUGAACUACACCUAGUUUCUGGAGGUGGAACUCCAGCAGAACCAAAUACAGAUCUCACAGAAUUGGGAUUGGUUCUGCUUGCGGUGCCGCCGCCGCCACGAACAGAUUCUGCAGGAGAGUCGUCUGAUGCCAACUCUGCUAGUCCUUCAUUAUACCAGUCACCACCGUCUUCUUCCGCCUUACCUGUGCCAUCAGGAGCACCAGCCCGCCCACCUGCUCGCACAAACCCACAACCUGCCUCCAUUAGCCCUCGUGGCCUUGAUGGUAUCUCACUGAACGUUCAAGAUGAAAAUACAGCUAUAAUCUUCAGUACACAAAGGACCAGAAGUUUCAAGCGAAAUCAAAAUACCAACAAUAUCUCUCCAAAACCCAGUCCCAAGUUGAACCCUGCAGCCAUGUCUGCUCCAGUUCCUGCACCUCGACCAGUCCUUCCCUCAAGGCCGAAAGAGAUAUCUUCAGAUGAGGACGAAGAUGCUACUCACCACCCUCUGAGCUUACUGCGAGCUGUCCCACCACCAACAGUGGACAAUGACAGGGAACUCAAAUACAUUGACUUGGCCCUGCCGGAUUCCAGCCAGGAGCCACCUCGCUCUUCUCACACUCACGGACAUGGCCACACGCACAGCCACGCUCAUAACCACAUGGACAGAAGCAAAGAAUCUGCUACAGAAUACAGAGAAAUAGACUUUAUUAAAACACAAGCUCUUAAUGACACCAAGAGAGUGAAAGAGAAAGAGAGAAAGAACGAUGACCACAACUGA